AUGGACCUGUGCUGUGUGUGCAAUGAACCCCGUCCCUCCGAGGGCUUGGCCAGCGCGAAUGCAGAGACAGCUGCCAGCCCCUCCAGGAAGUGCACCGGCUCGAAAUCCGAACCCGAAGUGCAGCGAUCUCGUUUGCCGUCCUGGCUGUGCUGCCGAAGGCGAGCACGCCAGUUGACCGAAAGCGAACCGAGCAGUGCAGAGGUGGCCUGGCAAAGGGGCUAUGGGCGGUACAAGUACUGUGGCCUGCGGGAAGACACUUUCGGGAAGCCUCCCGAAUGGCAGGCUCAAAAGACACUCCGUGCUCUUCCCCUGCCAGAAGUCGAUUCUGAAGAGCGGGCAGGAGUUCAGGCUCUGUCCCGGCGCGUGUCGGACCUUGGUUCCACGGCGCUUCGGUCAGACUUCUGCACACUCCUCCGUUUUUUGCGGGAAGGCGGCAGUGUGGAAAAGGCAGAAGACUGCUUUAGGAAAGCGGUGCAGUGGCAACUGGAGAACGACGUGGCAAGAGCACUGACCCACUGGAAUCUGGAGCUCUGCGAGCGCUGCCUUGCGCCCUGGUGGCCGACUGGUGGAUUCUUAGGAAUUGGCUUCGACGGGGAGCCUGUGGCUCUGGAGCGUAUUGGACGCGCUGACUGGACGUCUCUCCACGACAAUGUCCCGCAUGACCUUCUGCAGAAGAUAGACAUUGUGCACUGCGUGCGUACUCUGGCUGGCGUCGAGGAGGACAGUAUUCGCAGAAACGUACCCUUCGUCGAUGCUACGCUGGUGGAAGACCUGCAAGGAAUCAGUUGGCGCAACUUCAGCCCGCGCACGCUGAAAGCUUUGGGGAUGAUCCUGAAAUCGAGGAUGCACUUGGUGCCCCGAUCGGGGCGCCGAGUGCUCAUUAUCAAUGCGCCGGCCGCUUUUUCGGCUGUGUGGAACACGCUGAAGCAUCUCCUAGUCAGCCCACACACAGCCACGAUUGUCCAGAUCGUCAGUGUUGAGGAUUCACUCAAGGUGCUCCGACAGCAUAUGGACGAUUCCAUAAUCCCAGCAUACCUCGGUGGCUCCAGGACUGUCAACGGUGAUCCAGAGUGUCGGCCGCUUUUAGCGCCAGGGGGAACGCCGCCGCAGGCUGUGUUCGAUCACAUGCGACGCCUGAGAACGGGCUGUCUCUGUAUCGCUGGUUUGAUUGCCACCACGGACCAUGCUUACAUUUCCAUGGAAACACAGGGAAAACAGCAUGCCGGAUACGUGACUGCACAAGUGGCAAGCGGCGAUGUGGCCCUGCUAGCAAAGAAGGAGCGCCAGUGCCAGAUACUUCGGGAAGAGGCCAGCGCUGUGCCACUGCUUUUCGUGCCUUUGUGGGAUCGCCUUCCCUCGGACCAGCUUCUUCGCUGGAAACCACUGCCAGGACUCCCCGCACCACAUGUGACGGCCACCUUGUUCCAUUUCCAUUUUUUUCGAGCGGAAUGGGCAGCCUCUGCGGCCAACGUAAGAGGCUUUUCCUGGCAGCACUUCUGCAGCCCAGAUUACUCGGCAGGUUCUGGCGAAGCAGCUGCGGUAGUGGCUGCCCUCAUUGAGGGCAUUCCUGGUCUUGUUCCAGAUCCCCUGGAGCCCAAUGAGGAGAUUUGCUUCUGGGUCACAGCGGCGGGCUGGCUCGGGGUGCUGGGAGUUCUAACUAUCCUCGGAGCGGACCUUCUGAUCUUCCUGGCAGGAUGUCUCCAAUCGAUCCUGCUCCUCCUGCUUGGGGGCUUCCUGGCUCUGUGUAGCGCUUCGUCGUUGCUGCUGGCGCUCGGGGCACUACUGGUCAUGGAGCCCCGAGGUCUGGGCACUGCCCCCGGUCUCUAUUUUCUGUCUGGCUCGGUCUCAGCCGCAUUCCUGGGAACGACGAUGGUGCUGUACCAAGCCUCGAAAGCAACGCCAACCAGACUGCAGGACGAGAGGCCCAACUGGAAGGACGAGAUGGAGGGGCUUACCGAGGAAGAGGAGCGAGCUCGGAUACAGCAAGCGUUGGUGGAGUGCGUUGACAACUUGCACGAUAUCCCGCGACUGGACAGGUACAGAGUGAGCAUGCAUAUCCUGGAAGAGUGCGACAUGGAGGACCUCAGCUAUGAGGAAUGGAUCAUUGAAGAGCGGCUUCGAAUGAAGACGGGCAAAGCACGACGAGCCAUGUUGACAGAGGACGAGCUGAAACGAGCCACGAUUGAGCUUCGCAUCCGACGAAGUCCGCAAGAAGCGCUCAAGAAGGUGCUUCAAAUGAUGGCCGAAGAGGCCCGAAAGGGGCGCGGAGCGAGCAGAGUUCCCGUGCCUAUGCUGCAAGAGGCAUUUCAAGAAAUCGACGUCACCUUGCGAAAUCGCAUUACAACGCGGGAGUUGCUUGCAGCGUUGAAGGUGUGCGGCAUCUUCAUGGAAGGGUCUGCAGCCGAAAAGCUCCUUUGGUGGUUCCAUCGAGAACAGGACUCGGCGGAUGACGGAUAUCUGGACAUCACGCAAUUCAUUUUCCUCUUCAACCAGGUUGCAGAUAUGAUGGCCAAGGAGACGAUAAUGAAGAAAGCUUCAAGGGGGUACACUAUCACAUGCCGCGUGUCGUUCAUUGCCAAUCUUGUCUUCUUGUGCUUCGUCCUCUUCUCAGUCGCGCAAGAGUCGGCUGAUCCGUCGUGGGACAUGAUCCUGAACGUGUUCGGGAGUGCUUUUGUGCUCCAGUUCUGGCUUGUCAUUGGCUUCCCGAUGCUGUGUUCAGUCAUCGGUACAAAGGCAGCCGUUUGGAAGACGCACUUCGUGCGGCAGCUUCUGAAGUUUAUUCGAUGUAUCUGUCGACCUGUCCUUCGUCUGAUGGGCUGCAUCUGGACGACACUGAGUCGGAUUCGAUCCUGCUGCUGCACCAUCUGCUGCAUAUGUUGUCCUUCGGGGGAGUACGAGGACUACGACGACGACGAAGAAGUCGAUGAGGAAGCUGGCCAUGGCCACGGCGGCCAGGUUCCCGCGCAGAAGGGCAUGGAAGACUUCGAUUUGUACCCAAUGGAUGCUGUCUCGGACUUCGGAACUGACUCGGUCAGCUCGAGGCCCUUCACUGCCGAGGCUCCACCAAAUCAUGCUCAGGUCACAUCACCGGCGGAAGCUGCACAACAGACCAUUCCACGAUCUCGAACGCCAACGCCAACUCGCUCAUCGUCGCGUACACCACCCAGAACACCUCCCAGGACGCCUCCUAAGACGCCUCCACGGUCUGCGCAAACGCUGCGAGCACGGUUGAUGUUCAAAAGCGAGGACGAGGUCCUUCAUUUCCAAGUGUCCUCUCAGGAGCUGGUGGAGCUGAAGCCUUCCCCCUGA